AUGGCAAGCUUCAAAACGACACUACCCCAGGAGGGUACCACCAGCUCCGCUGGUGGAGAAUCCCUCCCCGAGGUCACUUUGGCCUCGGGCUGCCCCUCGUAUUCUGGGGGGGGCAAAGAAUGCUUUGAUUGCACGACGACUAUGGCUAUGAACACGGAAACGGAUGCACGCGAUUUGGAAGUGACGGGGAGUGAAAUGGAGGAGGAUGUGGAGAUGGAAACGGAGUUGAUGUUGAGUGAGGCGUCGACAUCAAUGUCCGAGACCAGCCGCCGGGCUAGUCCGAUGCCCAGGAAGAGGAGAGGACGACCGCCUACCACGGGCCACUAUGUCGGCCUGGCCAAGGCCAAGUUAGCCCUCGUUGAGGCCGAACGAGAAGAGGAGCGGAGAAGAGCGGAGGCGGAGGUAGUUGCUGCCUCUCGCGUGGCCCGGGCCAGAGCCCAAGCCCACAGGCUGUCGGAGUCGGUCACUGAGGACGAGGAGUUUCAGGCGGCUGACUCCCUCAGCCGGAGUAUUAAGGAAAACGUGGAGGUCAUCAAGAAAGUGGCCACCACCUCCAAGAAUUUAAAGGGCGGAUAUGUGCGAGCCUUAAAGGACGCAGCAGAAGAGAUCUCGAAGAUGACGAAAGCUCUGCAAAGCAGAUGCAUCACGGAGGAGACCAAGGGCCUGCAGGCGGAUAACGCCCGCCUACGAGCGGAGGUAGCUCAGCUACGCAAGGAGGUGGCUGAGAUGAAGGCUCACCUCCUUACACCGAAUGCGAGGACGGAAGCUGCCGUUGAGACCAGACAUCUCGAACCACAACGGCAGCAGAAAACUGACAACGAGGAUUUAGUGCGCACAAUCUUGUGUCAAGUUGGCACAAUGAUUAACGCGAGAUUCGAGGCAUUACAAGAUCGCCUCCUACCGGAGAAGCGCCUCCGUCCCCCGCUGGCGGCAGACAACAGGCCCGAGCUCGAGGGCAGCGGCGUUCCGGCAGCUCCAAAAGCUCCGAGCGUAGCAAAGAGCGGGCAAGCGUCGGGAAAAGCUCCAGGGAAACCUGCGGGCAAAGCCUCGAGUAAACCUGCCAAGGAGAGGACAACAGAGCCCCAGGCCCCACCCCAGGCAGCGGCAGCGGCGGAGCCUGCCGACCAAGACCAGCCCCAGGAGCAACCCUGGAGCAUGGUGGUCAGGAAAGGGCUGAAGAAGAAGAAGAAGGAGCGGCCACGUGUCUUCACUAACACCGAGCUAGCAAGAGGAGCGCCAAGAACGCCAAGAGCGCCAGCGCGAACACCAGCGCCAACAGCGAGUGCACCUAAGACCGCCGCGGUGGUGGUCACCAUCACGCCUGAGGCCAUGGCAAAUGGAUUGACGUAUGAUGCGGUUAUUGCGGAGGCUAAAGCCAAAAUAAGACUGCAAGACGUGGGCAUAGCAACCGGGGUACGCUUCCGGGUGUGUGCCACAGGUGCGCGGAGGUUUGAAGUCCUUGGCACAGACAACGGCUCGCUAGCUGACGCCCUAGCCGAAAGGUUGACCCAAGUCUUCAGCGGAGACUUGGUCCGUAUCUCUAGGCCGGCAAAGACGACGGAGAUAAAAAUAUCCGGGCUUGACGACUCGGCAACCGUAGAAGAGGUUCUAGCGGCGGCUGCCGAAGCAGGAGGCUGUCCUAAGGAAAGCCUCAAAUGCAGCGGUGUCGUCAGAGACAGAUUUGGAGUGGGACACGCCUGGGUAGAGUGUGAGGUACCAACGGCGAAGCGGGUGGCUGCAGCAGGCCGGCUUACUAUAUCUUGGGUGUCGGCCACCGUCACACUGCUUGAGCCGCGACCUCUGCGCUGCUACCGCUGCCUGCAGAAGGGGCAUGUAAGAGCGCAAUGCAGUGCAGAGGUCGACAGGAGCAAGCAGUGCUUCCGCUGUGGCAAAGAGGGCCACAACUUCAAAGGAUGUCAGGCCAAACCGCACUGCUCCAUCUGUGCUGAGGCCAAAAGACCGGCAGAGCACAAACUGGGAGGCAGAGGAUGUUCCGCACCGGCCCCCAAAGUCACCAGAGGGAGGAAAUCAACGCCGCCACAACCAGCACAACAGGCGACAGCAGAGGUUGCAAUGGAGACUGACGAAGUUGGCAACAGAAAUGGCUCUACAAAUCAUACAAGCCAACCUUAA